GUUGAACCGAGUACAAAGUUAUUUCCUGCUGUAUUUGCUCAAGCUACAAGCCCCAACGUUUUCCAGUUUGAAUUGGGAAGAAUAAAGAAUGUAAUGCCAUUAUCUGCUGGCUUAUUCAAAAGCGAACAUAAAAACCCGGUCUCGCAAUGUCCUCCACGUCUCCAUGUCCAAUUUCUGACUCAUGUACUUUGGAGCAGAGUGCCAAACCACUUCUUGAAGGUUGAUGUCUCUCGAAUCAGUGAACGCCAAGGCUGGAUGAUACAGUGCCUGAAUCCUUUGCAGUUCAUGGCCCUUCAUAUUCCCGAAGAAAACAGAACAAUUGAUAUUUUAGAGCUGACAGAACAAGAAGAAUUGCUGAAAUUUCACUACCAUACCCUCCGAUUAUAUUCAGCUGUUUGUGCUUUAGGCAACAACCGAGUGGCCCAUGCUAUGUGUAGCCAUGUGGAUGAAUCUCAGCUGCUGUAUGCUAUUGAGAACAAAUAUAUGCCAGGAUUAUUACGUGCAGGAUAUUAUGACUUACUCAUUGACAUCCAUCUCAAUACCUAUGCAACUGCCAGGUUAAUGAUGAAUAAUGAAUUUAUAGUUCCAAUGACAGAUGAGACCAAGAGUAUUACUUUGUUUCCUGAUGAAAACAAAAAACAUGGCCUCCCUGGUAUUGGACUUAGCACUUCAUUAAGGCCAAGAAUGCAAUUCUCCUCUCCGAGUUUUGUAAGCAUUAGCAGUGAAUGCUUUCAGUUCAGUCCUGAAUUCCCUCUGGAAAUCUUAAAGGCCAAAACCAUAGAGAUGUUGACUGAAGCUGUUCAGGAGGGCAGCCUCCAUGUCAGAGAUCCAGUUGGAGGUUCUACAGAAUUUCUGUUUGUCCCUCUCAUCAAGCUCUUUUAUACCCUCCUCAUUAUGGGAAUCUUCCACAAUGGGGAUCUGAAACACAUCUUGCAGUUGAUCGAGCCCCGAGUUUUCAAAGAAGCAAUGAGCCAGGAGGAUGAAAUUGAUUUCUCAGAGAAGGAGCUGAGUUCAGAUGAGCUCAAGUCAGAGGAAGGAGAGGAAGAAACUAGAGGCGAGCAAGUGCCAAAGGAAGGACUCCUUCAGAUGAAACUUCCAGAACCUGUUAAAUUACAGAUGUGUCAUCUACUCCAGUACCUGUGUGAUUGCCAAGUACGACAUCGAAUAGAAGCCAUUGUAGCAUUUUCAGAUGAUUUUGUGGCCAAGCUUCAAGAGAAUCAACGCUUCCGGUACAAUGAAGUGAUGCAGGCCUUGAACAUGUCUGCUGCCCUGACAGCUAGAAAAACAAAAGAAUUUCGAUCCCCACCUCAGGAGCAGAUUAACAUGCUGCUGAACUUUAAAGAUGAUAAAAAUGAUUGUCCUUGCCCUGAAGAAAUUCGGGAUCAACUCUUGGAUUUCCAUGAAGACCUGAUGACACACUGUGGAAUUGAACUAGAUGAAGAUGGAACCUUGGAUGGAAACAGUGAUUUAACCAUUAGGGGUCGCCUCCUAUACCUUAUGGAAAAGGUUACAUAUCUGAAGAAGAAGCAAGCUGAGAAGCCAGUUGAUGAUGAUGCUAAGACAUCCUCUACUCUUCAGCAGUUGAUUUCAGACACAAUGGUACGCUGGGCCCAAGAAUCUGUGAUAGAAGACCCGGAGUUAGUAAGGGCCAUGUUUGUAUUGCUACAUCGCCAAUAUGAUGGUAUUGGUGGCCUGGUUCGAGCCCUACCAAAGACCUACACCAUAAAUAGCGUGUCUGUGGAAGACACAAUCAAUCUUCUGGCAUCCCUUGGCCAAAUCCGUUCCUUGCUUAGUGUCAGAAUGGGGAAGGAGGAGGAGAAACUUAUGAUUCGUGGAUUAGGAGACAUCAUGAAUAAUAAAGUAUUUUACCAACAUCCAAAUCUCAUGAGAGCUUUAGGCAUGCAUGAAACUGUCAUGGAAGUGAUGGUAAAUGUGCUUGGUGGAGGAGAAUCGAAGGAAAUCACUUUCCCAAAGAUGGUGGCAAACUGCUGUCGUUUUCUAUGUUAUUUUUGCCGCAUCAGCAGGCAGAAUCAAAAAGCUAUGUUUGAUCAUCUUAGCUAUUUAUUGGAAAACAGCAGUGUUGGCCUUGCCUCUCCUUCUAUGCGAGGAUCAACUCCUUUAGAUGUUGCAGCAGCCUCUGUGAUGGAUAACAAUGAACUUGCGCUAGCUUUAAGGGAGCCUGAUCUGGAGAAGGUGGUUCGCUACUUGGCUGGAUGUGGAUUGCAGAGUUGUCCUUUGUUGAUUUCUAAAGGCUACCCAGACAUCGGGUGGAAUCCAGUUGAAGGAGAGCGAUAUUUGGAUUUUCUUCGUUUUGCUGUUUUUUGCAAUGGUAGAGUAGAAGCUUUAAUACAAGCCAACUUGAUAAGUCACUGGAAAUUUCAAAGACAAUUUGCAGAACAAGUAGAAUUAUGCAAGACACAUGGAGAGAGUGUGGAGGAGAAUGCUAAUGUUGUAGUCAGACUGCUUAUCCGUCGACCUGAAUGUUUCGGUCCAGCUCUAAGAGGAGAAGGAGGCAAUGGCUUGCUUGCUGCCAUGGAGGAAGCAAUACAAAUAUCAGAAGAUCCAACAAGAGAUGGACCUUCUCCAAGUAAUGGAUCUAGUAAAACCCUUGAAAUGGAAGAACAAGAAGAUGACACUAUUCACAUGGGAAAUGCAAUCAUGACCUUUUAUGCUGCUUUGAUUGAUCUCUUAGGACGUUGUGCCCCUGAAAUGCAUCUAAUCCAUGCUGGUAAAGGGGAAGCCAUUAGAAUCAGAUCAAUUCUACGGUCUUUGAUUCCACUGGAAGAUUUGGUGGGAGUAAUUAGUAUUCCUUUCCACAUGCCAACCAUAGCUAAAGAUGGUACUGUGGUGGAACCUGACAUGUCUGCGGGGUUUUGCCCAGAUCACAAGGCAGCCAUGGUUUUGUUCCUUGACAGGGUCUAUGGAAUUGAGGACCAGGAUUUUCUUCUACACCUUCUUGAAGUUGGCUUUCUGCCAGAUCUUCGUGCUGCUGCUUCUUUAGAUACAGCUGCUUUAAGUGCUACAGAUAUGGCUUUGGCUCUGAAUCGAUACCUUUGCACAGCAGUCUUGCCCCUGUUGACCAGAUGUGCUCCUCUGUUUGCUGGCACAGAGCACCAUGCUUCCCUCAUCGAUUCCUUAUUACAUACUGUGUACAGACUCUCAAAGGGAUGCUCUCUUACCAAAGCUCAGCGAGAUUCGAUUGAAGAGUGUUUGUUGUCUAUCUGUGGGCAGUUGCGGCCUUCCAUGAUGCAACAUUUGCUGAGAAGAUUAGUAUUUGAUGUUCCUCUAUUAAAUGAACAUGCAAAGAUGCCUCUCAAGUUGCUGACAAAUCAUUAUGAAAGAUGCUGGAAGUAUUAUUGUUUGCCAGGUGGAUGGGGUAACUUUGGUGCUGCCUCAGAAGAAGAACUUCAUUUAUCCAGAAAGUUGUUCUGGGGUAUUUUUGAUGCUUUGUCUCAAAAG